GCGCAACAUCGUCGCAUAAAUAAACAGUAUUAACCUUCAAUUUUCUAUUACCUUUUGGAUUCUUUCGCAGUUCCUCCACUUGCUAUCAGUUCUGCAACUUACCAGCCAAGGAUCCUAAGAAUCGUCAUCCGGAGCAAACUGCCCUCUAUGAUUAUCUCUAACUCUCCUCUCUUCAAAGAAUAUGCCCGAAUGGCUCUUGAUUCUGGAAACCGUAAUAGAAGGUCACCUUGUUCACCCUUGGGAAUUGUGGGUGCUAUUGUACAGCACUUGCUGGACUUUGCAAAGCUUGAAAUCACUCGAUUUAAGAUCAGCAAUGCUACUGAAGACUCCUUCAAUCUUGUUAUCGAGGGCCGCAUGUUUGGGACAGGAACGAUCUCUAGCGCCAUCAUCACAACGGAGGCAUCACUAUCCUUUGACGGGAGCGUAUUCGGACGUAUCAAGUUACCUCAAACCCAGACGAGUUUCUGUGGCACAAACUUUGUUGUUCAGGAACAGCGUAUCGAAAUUACCAACUAUACGAACUACUGUGCCUUUAUUCGGAGCAUCAUAGUCGACGACGCAACCAGCCUCCAAGUCGAAAGCAACAACUGCACAGUGAGAGCACUUGGUACUUCGUCUAUAUGCAACCUCCGUCUCGAUAUGCCACUCAAGGCUAUUGGAGGACCUAGGAUGGCAGUCAAGAAGCUUUCGCGCUUAGGUCAUGACGUGACAAUCGUAUUCAGCUUGAGUUUCUCAGGCCCUGUCGAACUUGACCAUGGUAGUUGUAUUUUCGAGCUUCGAAAUGGCCACAGUGAAACAUUAGCAGAGCUGAAAGGCGAACUGAACAUUGCCACAGGCCAGAGUGAACUCACUCUACAUGGAACAACACGAGAUGGGGUUGUGGUCUCAAACAGAAUCAGACUUGUUGGAGUCGGCGUGGAAGCGAACGAGAAGUCAUGGCUCAGUGAGACGAUAAGAGAGAUUGAUGUCGCCGUUGAACUGGAACCGAAAUGCGUGGAGAUAUUGUGGUGCUGAUAUACGCUUCGGGAAACCGUCCCUUGGCGAUACGGAUUUGAUACUGGGUCUCUUGAAUAUGGAUCUGACCUAAAUAUGGACAAUUUGUGUUGACAUCCAUUGGCAUGAAGUCAGGAUGUAUAAUAAAAAGGUCGUAAGAUUUGCAGUUUCAGGGUUGGCGAUCGA